AUGACAGGGAAAGGGAAAGGGAGAGGGCGAGGGCGGCCGCCGAAGAAUACGGUGCCUCCGCCAUCAACAACCCCACCGAUGUCACCUGCACAACAACAAUUAGAGUUGAGAAACCAUCUGGAGAGCAACACUAGCUUAACUGAAGAAGGGAUUCUGGAAGUUGAAACCCUAGAUGCACGUACUAGAAAACCCAAUCAAGAAGAAAUGGAAACCGCCACUCAACCGAUUAAUGCAAUACAAGCUGUGAUACCUAAGCAACCUGAGAAUGGAAAACCUAUCCAUGAAGGAGCAUCUGAGGAAGGUCGCAAGCUAUGGGUAGAUGUACUGAAGGAUAAUCGAAAUCCGACAAAGGGUAGGGCGAUGAAAUUCAUCGCACCCCAAGUUGUGAAUGAAAAAUUGGAAGUUGUAAUUGAAGACGAAGACAUUAUCUCUGAAGUUAAAUUUUGGGAAUCCUCCUUGAUCCUCUAUACAAUGGGAGUUGACCUUAGCAUGAAUGCAGUUAAGAAUUUCAUGACCAGGAACUGGAAUUUUGUUUAA